AUGGCACGACCAGACCAGGAAACCAAGGAUCCCUCGGCGCCCCACUCGAAUACCGCUGCCAAUGUAGAGACCGACAUGGACUCCCAGUUGACUGCAGCGCCCAAGAACGAGAGGGACAUUGAUGCGCUGCGCAAGAGGCUGCGCCCAAUUAUGCUCUACGUCGUCUCCACGGCCCAGUUCUUGGAUGUCGUCAAUGGCGCCUCUGUUUCUAUCGCGAUUAUCCCAAUCGCAGAUCACCUCAAGUUCUCAGUAGCACUCAUGCCCUGGAUCCUAAACGCCUACACCAUCGCCUUUGCAGGCCUCCUCCUCUUCUCUGGCCGUAUGGGAGAUCUAUACGGUCACCGACCCAUGUUCCUCUUCGGACUCUUCUGGUUCGCGACCUGGGCCCUCGUCGUCUCCUUCGCUACUUCCCCCAUCAUGUUCGUCAUCGCCCGUGCCCUCCAGGGCAUUGGUGCUGCCGCGACUGUCCCGACGGCUAUGGCACUCAUCGCGACUAACUAUCCUGCCGGUCCUGAACGCGCCAAGGCGUUCUCGGUCUUUGCGGCCUUUGGUGGCCUGGGUGCCGUGGUUGGGGUCCUGAUGGCUGGAGGGUUGAUCGCGAGCAUUGGAUGGGAGUGGAUCUUCCGGGUCUCGUCCAUCGCGGCGUUUGUGCUGCUGCUCAUGGCCUUCUUGGUCAUCCCGGUCGUGCCCCGCAAGGAGGCCCACGUCGAUUUCUUGGGCUCGAUCACGUCGGUCUUGGGAGUCACUGGGAUCGUGUACUAUAUCACGAUGGGCAACGAGGAUGGAUGGGCGAGUCCCAAGACAUUGCCGAUGCUAAUUGCCGGACUGUUGCUCAUCGGUGCCUUCCUCUGGGUCGAGACCAGGGUCGUUAAUCCGAUCAUGCCCUUUCGAAUCUGGGAAUCAAGUCUCUUUGCUACCUCGGUUGUCCUGGCCUUUAUCCAGAUGGGGAUGAUCCAGGGAUUUAUCUUUUAUGCGAACAUGAUCUUCCAGGAAGUCUACGGCUGGUCCGCCAUCAAGACCGCCGUCGGGUUCAUCGUCCACGCCUUGCUCGCCAUCGUUGUUUUCCCCAUCCUUGGCAGGACGAUCCCGCGUCUGCGGCUCAAGCCCCUGAUUCUCGUCGGCUUCAUCCUGCGCUGCGCAGCCGCGCUAAUGUUCGCCUUCGUCACCGAGGACGUCUCGUACUGGCGUCUGCCCUUCCCUGCUCUGAUCGUCCAUAUCAUCGGUAUGGCCUUCAGUCUCCUCCCUAUCCAAUUGAUCGCCGUGCGCGACGCCCCCAACCAGGACCAGGGUCUGGUUGGUGCGAUCUAUAACACCGGUCUACAGCUCGGCGCACCCUUCGGUAUCGCGAUCCUGAACGUCAUCUCUAUCUCGACGAACGGACAACAAGGCGGCGGGGCCGACGGAUCAUCCGUCCGUGGUGGCCCACAACUGAUGAAGGGAUUCAAGAACUCCUUGUUCGGAGUCGUGGCCUUUGGUGUCUUUGCGUUCCUCUUGAGCCUGGCGACCCUGCCCUGGGACAGACCUGGGCAUCGGUCACCAGCGGCUGGAAAGCCUGAAGGUGAGGAAUUAAGGGAUUUGGAGGAGGCAUCGGUGAUGGAGAAAAAAGAAGAGAAGGAGGAGAAGAAGGAGAAAGAGGGCAAGAAGGAGAAGGAGGAGAAGGAGGAGGAGGAGGAAGGACGCGCGGUUGUGGAGUCCUUGGCCCUGAAUGCUGAUCUGGUGGGUGUCCCACCACAGUUGACGGGCACAGAUCAAAUCGAGAGGGAGACUGGGGACUGUAGUACCAUUACCAGUCGCGCAGAUAUCUCCAAGUAG